AUGGACGCUGCCACCUGGCCCGCGGCGCACGGCGGUCCCCACCACGCCGCCAACCUCCUCUCGGUGCCUCCAGAGAUCCUCGACAACAUUGCCUGCUUCGCCGCCGUGGCAUCCACCAGUCCACCGGGCACCGUCUACGAUGCCUCUGGCUCCCAGUCCACGGCUGACCAGGGCACCGCCAAGGUGCCUCGGCGCGGCAUGCUCUACGACAGCAGCAUCCGCCCAUCGAGCGUCAUCACGCCGCCCAACGACCUGCGCAGCCUGCUGCUCGUCUGCCGCCGCUUCCACCACCUCCUCAACAUCGCCGCCAACCCGCGCCUCUACGCCCGCGUCUUUCGCUCCAAGUUCGACACGGCCGCCAUCGAGAGGCGCUUCGGAAAGCACGCCGUCAGCUCCGCCAACCUCGCUCAGGAACUCCGUAGGCGCUGCCUCGUCCUGCGCAGGAUGAGGAGGUGCGUCGAGAACCAGGAACUCUGCCCCGGUGGCGUCUCGGAGGAGACGUACCCCAUCCUCGUCGAGAACCUCUGGACGGCGUACAUGAUGCUCCUCGAGAAUGACGGCCUCAAUCUGCAGCAGCUCAAGUGGGGCCAGAUCGAGAGCUACCUGGCCAUCCACCACGCCAAGGUCAUGCUGUCCGAUGCGGUCCGGCCAGGCUACCCGGCCGACUCGGUGGAUCGGGCUCUGGCGCUGCACAUCACCUACCUUCUCACCGACCCGGAACAGCUGGCCUCCGAGUCCAAGGACGAGAGCGAGGAGAAGCUCUUUGUCCUUCGGCCUUUUGUCUUUGCGGCACACAAGUUCACCGCGAUGCUGGCGCCUUGGACGAUGCGCAACCUGCCCCUGGACCGAUACCCAGACUCCGCUUACGAAGGCCAGGGCACCGGACCGAACCAACGGCCCAACCCGUUCCUGGCCGACCUGACGCCGCGCGCGCGGGCCUGCGAGAUCGAUCACUGCGGCCAGCGAAUCCGGAUCGCCAUCCCCGUCCUGUCGCACGGUGCCCUCUUCUCGUUCUUUAUGAAGGUCGAAAAGGACCCCGCCGUGCUCGGCAUGGGCGCUCUGCUGGGUCAGACCGACGACCUUGGCGCCGAUCCGACUGGCGGCGGCGGCGCACCGGCGGCAGGGCAGGGCGACGCGAACGGCAUGGGACGGCGGGUGCGCGCGCGGUCAUCUCGGAGCCCGCUGUCGCUCUCCUCGCUGGACCACGACCGGGACGUGCUGCGCCUCCUCUUGUGCGCCGAUCCGCACACCUCUCCGGGCCUGUCGCCGCUCAACUGCAGCGGCAUGUUUGAGGGGACGUGGGAGGGGCGCUUCUCGUUCUUCGACUUUGACAGCUACCGCGAGAUGCUGGCGGGCCGCAUGCGCAGCCUGUACGAAGGACCGUUUGGGGAGCAGCCGCAGAUCUGGAAGAUCCGGGAAAAGAUUGUGCGGCUCGGACCGGGCGAGGUGCCCGGCGGCAAGGGCAGCGUGCUGGGCGCCGGGUACAUGCCCCAUCCCGAGGGCAUCAUCCUCGACGAGAAGGUCGAAGAGAGCAUCGGCGCCGAUUCUGUCGUCGUGGAUCGGUCGGAGCUGCUCGACGGCAAGGGCAAGGGCAAGGUACGCUGGAACGGGGACAAGGGUGGAGCGGGUGGCACCACGUCGACGACGGCGGGGUUGCCCGUCGAUUGGUCUUCGUAUCCCCGAUUCGACGACGAAGAGGACGGCCGAGGAGGAACGCGGCAGCAUCAGCAGCAGCAGCAGCAGUACGAGAUCCUACUCUCUGGCACUGGUCACUCGGCAUGGGGCCGCUUCGUACUACGCGGCCGCGUUCGGACGUGGGAUGGCAUGCUGAUCAUGACGAAAGAGUACCGCCCCGACGGCCGAGGACGCUGGCUCUACCGCGGCUACGUCGUCGCCGGCGGCAAACUCGUCGGCCGGUGGAGAGACACGUUUACCCCCGAAAACAUGAGCGGGUACGAAGGAUGCUUCCUCCUCCAUCGUCGCGAGGCUUCCUGA